AUGGAGAAGCCUAUCUGGAAACAAGACUCUAGUGUAGGCUCUGAGAACGACCCGGCCGGGAUCGAACUAUCUCGCAAACAAUCUGAGCCUUUGCCCAAUACCGACGACGCCUUAAAAGGUGCCGAAAGGACGCCCACGAACUCUUCGAUAACCGAAACGCCGAACAUCGAUGCUGCGACGCCUAGAGCAGACUCGACAGCACAAACCACCGAGCAAAGUGGAACUUCAUCGACCGACUUCCUUGACGCCUUAGAGCAGCUGUAUGAAAGGCGCCGGGAGUCACACAGAGCCCUAGACCUUGGAGACAAGUUGCCAGGAUCAACGCAGGAAUCGAAUCACUAUUCCGACUCGCCGGGACAGUACUCUCAAGACUCAUCCCAGGACUCGGCCCUUCCCUACACCGCCGCCUCCGUAUGCGACCGACGAGCGCCAGGCUGGGCUUGUCGAUGA